GACACUCCCAUGUCCGCUGACAGCACGAGCAGCGGAGGGACGGGCCGGGCCAGCAUCAGGAGCUGGGCCGGGUAAAGGCGCAGUCUGUGGGCCAUGAGGGACGGAGAGGAUGGGGCAGGAGAGACUCGCCGCUGACAGAGUUUCCCCGCUCAAGAACUUUGUGGCCGGGGGCGUCGGGGGCGCGUGUCUGCUGCUGACUGGACACCCACUCGACACGAUCAAGGUGCGUCUGCAGACUCAGCCCAAAGGCCCUCAGUAUGUGCUCUACAGUGGGACCUAUGACUGCUUCAAGAAGACCGUCUCCAAAGAGGGUCUGCUGGGCCUGUACAGAGGCAUGGGGGCUCCUCUGCUGAGCGUGGCUCCCAUUAUGGCCAUCAGCUUCUUUGGCUUUGCACUCGGCAAACAGCUGCAGCAGCCUGAGCCCAACCAGGCCCUCACACCCUCUCAGCUCUUCCUCUCGGGGUGUCUGGCCGGAGUCUUCACCACCACCAUCGUCGUUCCAGGAGAAAGGAUCAAAUGUUUACUCCAGGUGCAGGCGAGCAGUGGACAGGUGAGGUACUCCGGGCCAGUGGACUGUGCUGUCAGACUGUACAAAGAGCACGGCAUCAGGAGCAUUUAUAAAGGGACUGUCCUCACACUCAUCAGAGAUGUGCCUUCUUCCGGCCUGUACUUCCUCACUUAUGAAUACCUCAAGAACAUGCUGACUCCAGAGGGUCAAAGUGUGUCUGAGCUGACCACUCCAAAGAUCAUCCUGGCCGGGGGCGUUGCCGGGAUCCUGAACUGGAUCAUUGCUCUGCCUCCAGAUGUGCUCAAGUCCAACUUCCAGACCGCGGCGGAUGGGAAGUACCGUGGUCUGGUGGACGUGCUCCGGACUCUGCUGAAGGAGGAAGGGCCUAGAGCUCUUUAUACAGGCUUCAACGCUGUGUUCCUGCGAGCCUUCCCCGCCAACGCUGCUUGUUUUCUUGGAUUCGAAAUGGCAUUAAAGGUUCUGCACUGGGCUGCUCCGAACUGGUAGAGCCGCUGUGUUUGCACUCGACACCAAAGACACACAUUUAUUUUUAUCAUAUUUUGGCCCGAGCCCCGACAGGGCGUAGGGCCUAUUGCUUUCGCUACAAGGAGUGAGUGGGCAACGACGAGCACACGGGCGAAUGCGAGAGGAUGUGGUGCAGCUCUGUCCUCGGUCGCCCCCGGCAUGAACAGCAGUAUCCCAGUAACCCACGCCCAAGACCUGAGCCAUAUUUAUCACUGUUAAAAUGAAUGGAAGUCAAUGAGAGGUCAUGGGGCGACCCUGACGAGAUGGUGAAUGACGAGCGCGUCAGUGCCCGUCACUCACCAAUGACCCCACAGUGAUGUGGGGAAGGUCGAGAGCUUUCAAAAAAGAUAAAAUAUGCUAUUCCCAUGUUAAUGGAUAUAUCGUUUUUGCUCAAAUUAGGCCCGAGCCCCGACAGGGCGUAGGGCCUAUUGCUUCCGCUCAGCGGAGCGAAUGGGAAGGGACGUGCGCAUGUCCGAAUGCGACAAGACGACAUGCAACUAUGUCCACGG